CGCUAUUGAAGGUCACUACACUGGUAGAGUUUCGCUGAAGAUGGCAGGACAGCAAAGAAAUCAGCUUACAACUGAGCCGGCUUGGCAGAAUUUGUCGCAAUGUUUUGACCGCAGUGGAUCAAAACUGAACAUUCUGCAAAUGUUCCAGGAAGAUCCUGGUCGAUUUGAUAAAUACAGUUUAAAAUUGAACUCCAAGGAUGGAGAUAUUCUUUUGGACUAUUCAAAGAAUCUUAUCAAUGAUGAAAUCAUGGGUUAUUUAUUUCAACUGGCAAGAGAAAGACAGGUGGAAGCCAUGAGAGAUUCGAUGUUCAUUGGGGAAAAAAUCAACUUUACCGAAAAUCGUGCUGUACUCCACACUGCUCUACGUAAUCAAGCUAAUAAACCAAUAUUGGUAGAUGGAAAAGAUAUUAUGCCAGAUGUUAAUGAUGUUUUACAACAUAUGAGAGAAUUUACAGAUGAGGUUCGAUCUGGUCAAUGGAAGGGUUAUACAGGAAAAUCUAUCACUGAUGUUGUUAAUAUUGGUAUUGGUGGAUCAGAUUUAGGUCCUCUUAUGGUAACAGAAGCACUACAUAAAUAUAAAAGUGGCCCUAAUGCCCACUUUAUAUCUAAUAUUGAUGGAACACACUUAGCUAAAACUCUUCAGAAUCUAAAUCCAGAAACAACUUUAUUUAUUAUUGCUUCAAAGACAUUUACAACACAAGAAACCAUCACUAAUGCUACUUCAGCCAAAGAAUGGUUCUUAAAUAAAGCCAAAGAUUCUGCCACAGUAUCAAAACAUUUUGUUGCAUUGUCCACUAAUGCACCUAAAGUUAAAGAUUUUGGUAUUGACGAGAAAAACAUGUUUGGAUUUUGGGAUUGGGUUGGAGGAAGAUAUUCUUUAUGGUCAGCCAUUGGACUGAGUAUUGCUCUCUUUAUUGGAAUGGAUAAUUUUGUUGAGCUUCAAGCUGGUGCAUUUUAUAUGGAUCAACAUUUCUGUUCAGCACCAUUAGAACAAAACUUGCCUGUUAUUUUAGCAUUAUUGGGUGUUUGGUAUCAUAAUUUCUAUAAAGCUGAAUCAAUAGCUUUAUUACCUUAUGAUCAGUAUAUGCACAGGUUUGCUGCUUAUUUUCAACAAGGUGAUAUGGAAAGUAAUGGUAAAUAUAUAACUAGAAGUGGACAAAGAGUUACGUACACUACUGGUCCUAUUGUCUGGGGUGAACCAGGUACAAAUGGUCAACAUGCAUUUUAUCAACUUAUACAUCAAGGAACUCGUCUGAUACCAUGCGAUUUCUUGAUGCCCAUAGAAACCCAGAAUCCUGUUCAAGGUGGAUUACAUCAUGAAAUUUUACAAGCUAACUUUUUGGCUCAAACUGAAGCAUUGAUGAAGGGUAAGACUCGAGAUGUAGCUGAAGCUGAAUUAAAGCGAGCUGGCAUGAGCGAAGAUAAAAUAGCACAUAUUUUACCACAUAAGGUAUUUGAAGGUAACAGACCUAGUAAUUCUAUCUUGUUCCAGAAGUUAUCACCCUUUACCCUUGGAGCUUUGAUAGCAAUGUAUGAAAUGAAGAUAUUUGUACAGGGUGUAAUUUGGGAUAUCAAUUCCUUUGAUCAAUGGGGUGUUGAAUUAGGAAAAGAACUAGCAAAAGUGAUUCAACCUGAACUGAGAGGUGCUGAACAAGUUUCUAGCCAUGAUGCUUCAACAAAUGGUCUCAUUAAUUUUAUUAAACAACAUCGUAAAUAAUCAGGGUAUAUAUAUCUUGUGGUAUAUCAUGGUGCAAAAUUAAAAUAACAUUGUAGAAGCUUACAUACAUUUGUGUUAACUGUUUAAUCUAUUACAACCCUAUACAUAGAUAUAGUAACUCAAUUAGUUAUUUAUUUAAAAGUGUAUCGGGUCUCAACCCAUUGUUUUAAAUUGUUUCAAUCAUAAUACGCUUCAUUAAGAAUAAUUUAAACCAAAGAUCUACUACCGGUACAUUUUAUAACAAUAUUAAUUUAUUGGUAAUUUAAUCAGUAAACCCUGGUCUUUUCACAAUUUUCUAUUGAUUUAUAAUGCUUCAUUUGAAACAUAGUUUUAUUAUAAUGGCUGAUUUACCUUUGUUUUUGUUAUAUUGUUUAUAGAUGUUUCCAUAUAAAAUAUAUUAAUAUUUUUAAAGUACAAGUUACGGGCAUUCUUUACAUUUUCCCAAACUUAGCCUAGCAUGCUGUCUCUUUGUUUUAAUUAUUGUUAAUCACUCCCCUGAUAUACAAUUAUAUUUUGAGUUAAUAUGUUAUAUGAAUUAUUAAUUAGACAUUUAUUAACAUGACAAGACCAUUAAUCAACUCUUGAUGCCAUCAGAUGGCUCUGAUUUUAAGUGGAUUAGAACGGUUCAGCCAUUUAAUGAUUUAAUUUGAAAAUGGAGAAGCGAGGCUAAGACUUGAAUGACCAGUACAGCAUGAUAAUGCACACAUUUGGUCAAAACUACAACCAUUAAUAACUAUGCUCAAAAUAAAGUAAUUUGAAUGAAAUUUUCAAUAUAAUCAUUUUGCAUAUCUAUUUUUGAAAUAGAUUUUUAUCCAAGCCAUCAGAGGGUCUACAGUGUUGAUUUUGAGCUUGUCAUGUAAAUAAAGGUCUAAUUAAUAAUUUCUAUAACAUCUGAAGCCUAAAUAAAGACUUGUAAUAGGCAGAUUUAGCUCUUGCAUAAUGUAUGUUUAAGUAACAUACUAAAGAUAUGCUACUAUCCACUGAACAUAUCACUGUAACCAAUCCCUUAACUCUGUUGUCCUCCGGUCCCUAAAUCUGACUCUUUAUUUUAAUUCUAAAAUAUUAAUCUUAAGACAGAAUUUCCAUUGAUUGUUUUGUUUGUAAUUGAAAUCUUGUAAAACUCACUUCUAGUUCAAUAUCUAUUUAAUAGACAUGCUGAAAAUCAAUUGUAAAAAAUUCUGUGCAGAUAUAAUGUUGUUCUGAUAAAGAGUUUUUAUGAAGAAUGUUUAAUAUUUGUUGAUGCUAAUUAAAGGGAAUGUAUAUUAAACAA